GCCGUCACACUUUGGAUUCCCCUCUUCUCCACACUCCACUAUCUCCCUCCGCCCCCUUCCACUCGCUCUCCGCCAGGGGCUCACAAGGGAAGGCGCGGGACGCGAGCUGGUGGUGGGGAAUGGCCGGCGCGUCCUCGCCGCCCCCGACGCCCAAGUCGCCCAAGCUGCAGCCGCCCCUCCUCGAGCGCACCAAGGGCCCCUCCGGCCUCGACAAGAUCGUGCUCCGCGACCCGGGCCGCUUCACCGCCGAGGUCCGUCUAUAUGGAGGGCAAGUUACCUCUUGGAAGAAUGAACAGGGGGAUGAGUUACUUUUUGUAAGCAGCAAGGCAGUUUUUAAGUCUCCAGGAGCAAUUCGUGGUGGCAUACCCAUUUGCUUUCCCCAGUUUGGAACACAUGGAAAUCUUGAAAAACAUGGAUUUGCGAGGAACCGGCUAUGGCUCGUUGAUGAUAAUCCUCCACCACUCCCAGUAAACAGCGGUAUUAAAACUUAUGCAGAUCUCAUUCUGAAGCCUUCUGAAGAAGAUCUCAAGAUCUGGCCUCACAGAUUUGAAUUCCGAUUAAGAGUCGCUCUUGGACCCAAAGGAGAAUUGUUUCUCACUUCUCGAAUUAGAAACACCAACACUGAUGGAAAACCCUUCUCAUUUACAUUUGCAUAUCAUACAUACUUCUCCGUGUCUGACAUAAGCGAAGUACGUAUUGAAGGGCUGGAGACAAUGGACUACUUUGACAACCUGAAGGGAAAAGAGCGAUUCACGGAGCAGGGGGAUGCUCUUGUGUUUGAAUCAGAGAUUGACAAAAUAUAUCUGGACACACCACCAAAAAUUGCAAUUAUUGAUCAUGAGAAGAAAAGAACAUUUGUGCUUAGGAAAGAUGGGCUUCCAGAUGCUGUUGUAUGGAACCCAUGGGAGAGGAGGUCAAAAACCAUUCUGGAUUUUGGUGAUGAAGAAUAUAAGCACAUGUUGUGUGUGGAGCCUGCAGCUGUUGAGAAGCCCAUUACCUUGAAGCCUGGUGAAGAGUGGAAAGGAAGGUUGGAGCUCUCAGCUGUUCCUUCCAGUUACUAUAGUGGUCAGUUAGAUCCAGACAAGGUUCUUCAUGGUUGAAAAUCCUCACUUGGUGCAUCUCGUACAGGAACACUUCAGGGCACUUUAUAUUACCUGGUGCUCUGUCUGUCCGGUGUUGAUGCUAUGUGAACUUGCUGGCUUUCAUCUCCUCCAUCGUCUCCGCCUACAUAUGUUUAUUUCUUCAUGUAUAGAAGGAGGAGGCGAGCACCGGAAUAACAAAACAGCCUGAGUGUCUCUAUCUCGAAAUCUGUCUUCGAUGCACUCAGCUCAGUGUUCAGUCGCAGCAAAAAAAGAAGCGAAUAAUAGCAUUCCGAUAGUUUAGGGUUGCCUCCUGGCCCUGGACAAUGGGUGAUUUGUUGUACUUCUGCAUCGGAGUACCAAUUGUUAUCAGACUAUUGUCUGUACUCCUCUAAGAUCUGUACAUAUACUAUCUUAGGAACUUGCUGGUGUGAGAUAAUUCAAGGAGCACAAUUUAUCAUGUGCUGCUGGUAAUAUAUAAAGCGUGUUCUGAACCUUAA